AUGGCUUUACAAGUCUACAUCUCGCACACCGGUGGUGUGUUGACCUUCCGUGACAUCGGAUCCCGCGUCGACGGCCUGCGGUCGUGGAUCGAGUCCAAUGCUGAGAUUCCAGCAAGUCGUCAAAUCCUCAUGUCUCCUCGGGGCAAGAUAGUCAAGAACCUGUCCAAUGAAAGCGAAAUAUAUGUGUACGAUAAACAGUUCCUUUCUUCCGAGUCGCACCCGUCCUCCAGGCCCGCUGUCGAACUCCGACCUCUUCCCGACAUCCCUUCCUCCCUUGCGGAUGAGAACAGCCUGAAAGCAUGGCAAGAGUUGUUCAUGGCCAGACGAGCCUGGGCUCUCGAGGCGUUUGAAACGGCGAGGACGGGUGUGGAGAACAUCGAGACGUGUACAGACGAGGCUACUGUGAUAGCUCGUUCGAUGAACGUUGCGUUGGACAAUCUCCGAGGCCACGUCCACAGUCUACAACAGAAGUUUGACGAGACACGCCAGUGGGCAGAGGGGUAUAUUCAAGAGCUCCGAGAUGCUGUAAGAGACUGGGAAGCAUGCGCAGAUUCUCUGACUGAGCUGCCGGUGCGUGAAGAUGUUGCCAAAAUCUUGCGGCGGCCAGAUGAUCCUGGACAUACACAAGCUCAAGCCCCUGUGGGUACAUUGUCCGAAUUGGUCAACCGAAAUCGAGUGAAAGCAGCUGCGGAGACUGUUGGACAGAGUACAAGUGAAUUUGAGAAUAGCCUUGGAGAGUUACGGUCAGCCAUUGAGAGUCUGAAACAGGAUACCAACAAUGCGAAAGCGAAUCCCACAGAAGUACAGCAAUUUGAUACCCACGCCCUGAUAGACGAGGCCCAGACCUUGGCCAAACGAGUCAGCGGCGACUAUGAGGAAGUGGUCAAGAUGCAGGAUAGUCCCAAGUCAGUGGUUUCGGUCUCCCGAAAGGCUGCGGUUCACACUCGAGACCUGUUGCCGGCUCUUCAGAAUCUGGUGGACGAAAUUGCUCUUGGUUCAACAGCAGCAUGGGAGGCGAGGACUGUCGUUUCUAGUGACUGGUAUUCGACGUUGCAGAUGAUAUCGAGACUGCAGUCUCGCCUGCAGGAGUUGCAGACUGCUGUUUCGACACUAGACUUUCAAGAUGGCAAAAAUUAUUCAAUCUUGGAGCACUUAUUUCAACUACCUCUGGUCUAUGGAGCUACGCUGGUGGAAGCCACCCGACGAUCGGAGUGGACAGAGCGGAUGAGGGUAGAAGUCGAUGCUCUUCGUGACGACCUGUCGGAGCAGACUGAGGAAGAGCAACGCCGUCGCAAGAGAUGGGCUUCUUCGCAUGUGGAUUUCUUGAACGAGGACCUGAACGCAAAGGACGCCUUGAUUGAUCUCAAAGCGUCUGCCCCCCGCAACUCGUGGCCCUUUGUCAACAGGGACGAAAUCUUUGCCUGGAUCGAUGACUUGCGGGCUUUGGGCAUCGACGAUGCUGUCAACAGUAUCACUCAACGCAUGAAAGACCUUGAUGCCCCCGCCCGCAAGCAGAAAACGAAGCCGUUUAAGAACGGCAGCCUUCAUGAUCUCAAGGGGAGCGGAGUCCUUCGCAACGGGAACGAUGCGAGGAGUUUGCAGGACGAGAAUACAAGGUUGGAGGAAAAAUUGCGUGCUUCUGACAGUCGCGUUCGCAAGCUUGAGGACUUGCUGCACCGUCAAAGUCAACUCAGCAGGCCAACAAGUGGGAUUUUCGUGCCAGGUAGUGCUGCCGACUUUGAGCGACAGAUCCCAUCGCCUGGCCCGUUCCAGCGGCAGAGUGACUUAUCACGGAGAUCUUCAGUAUCAGUGAGACGACUUUCGAAUACUCAGGAUGAAAAGUCCCUUGUACAGAAAAUUAUAUCUCUUGAGGGUCAAAUACAGAAGUUACAAGAAGAGGCCCAAGAAGAGCGACGGUCGAGCUCGGAGAGUCGGGACAAAAUGCAGGAGGCUGAAUUGGUCAAGCAGGACUUGAUGGCAAACUUUGAAGCCCAGAAACAAGAGUUUGAGGAAGAACGGCAGAUCCUGGACGAUGAGGUUCAUCGCCUAAAAGUGAAACUGGACGAGGCGGAGGAUGAACUUGACCGGCUCAAUGAAUCGCGGGACCACCUUCGGAUGGAGCAAGAUCAACUUGUGGUGAAUUUGAGGCAUGAAAUAGAACAGCUCAAGAAGGAGUCGACAGAAAAUUUGGCACAAGCACAACGAAGAAUUGAGGCUGCGCAAAAAGAUACCAUUACUCAACGCGAGCGGGCAGCGACCUUCGAACGCCAAUUGCACCAAGUCAAGGACGAGCGCGCGGCGGCUCAGAGCCAAAACAUGACCCUUGCCAACCAAUUGAGGGCCAUGGAAGACCAACAAUCCGAAUAUGUCACCAUCCUACGGAGUGUACAUUCGAAUCUGUCUCCCGCAGGGUCUGCACCUGACGAUAUUCGUCGGCUUGUCAACGCUCUAGAGAUUUUGUCUGAAGGCGCCGCCAUACACGCUCGUGGUCUCGAUGAUUCCUUGCAACUCGCGACUGCGGAAAACAAAGCCCUCGAAGACAAAGUGACCCAUGCUGAAGCUCAAAUCAAAUCGAUGCUGGAGCAAACAUCCGUGGCUGAAGCACGGGCGAGUCAACUUCAAGAAGACCUAAAACAGGAGAAGAGCAAAGUUUCAAUGCUUCGCUCAGAACUAGCAGGUGAACGCGUGGAGAUGGACAAUCUUCGACAGAAAUUUGCUGCUGGUGAAACCGGUUCCGAUGCGCUGAAGCAACAGCUCAAAUCCGAGGAACAGAAGGUUGCAGAUCUCAUGGACCAUAAGGCUGAUCAUGAAAGCGCCAUUCAGCAUUUGAAGCACGAGAUCGAUAGUCUCGCCCAUGAAUCUCAAGCCGCGACUGAGCGACAAGAAAAGCUCAGGAAGCAUUUCGACAAGCGCGGCGAGAAAGCCAAGCAGCUGUCAGAGCGGUUAUUCCACUACCAUGACCGUGUCAUCCGCAUGCUGGAACAGUUUGGAUACUCGGUGUCGCGACAAGAUGGCGAUUUGGUCAUUCAGAGAGCGUCAAAGGUGAAUGCUAGCGCGGUUCUCAGCGGUAACGAAGGAACCGGGCCGUCUAAUAUGAGACGGACAAUUUCAGGCAGCACUCCUGCAACACACUAUUCUGACCCAGCUGACCUGGAAACACUGUACUGGAUGUCGGACAGUGACCUCGGGUCUGAGUCGACCAAAUACAGUGGUUUCCUUACGGCGUUGCAGCGUCUGGACGUGGACAGCACCAUCGACCUCAUCACCAAGCGGUACAAGGACGUAGAAGCGCUGGCCAAGAGGUAUCAAAAGGAGUCUCGCACUUAUCGUGAGCGGACUCACCGCAGCCAGGCCGAAGCGCAUGACAAAAUUGCAUACCGAAGCUUCAAGGAGGGCGACCUCGCUCUAUUUCUUCCUACCCGCAAUAACGCCACUCGCCCCUGGGCCGCGUUCAACGUAGGAGCACCACACUACUUCCUUAGAGAGCAAGAUGCACAUAAGUUGCAGACGAGGGAUUGGUUAUUGGCGCGAAUCACGAAAGUCGAAGAGCGCAUGGUCGACUUAUCACGGAGUCUUUCGUCUGGAUUGCGUGGCAAUUUGUCGUCCAGUGCUACGGCUGAUGAUGGUGGCUCUACCAGAUCGGUCGACGAUGAAAAUCCCUUUGAGCUUUCCGACGGGCUGAGGUGGUACAUGAUUGACGCGACCGAGGAGAAACUGGGUGCGCCAGGAACCCCAACUGUGGGCAAAUCGACUGUGACUGCUACGAAUGUUGAGGUCAGAGGCCACAUGGGCAGAAAGGAGCACAAAGCAGGCCUCAGCAUUGGAGGAGCCAGUGGCAUCCCCAGCGCUAGCAUGGUCACCAAGACACUGACAAAGAGUUUGGAUAGUCGGAGGUCGAGCUCAGGCAGCAAGAAGAGCGUUGACGUGAAGGCCAAGCAGGAUGGAUCCAGCGGCAGAGGUGGCAGUGUAAAGGACAUGCCAUCCAAAGCUGCCCCGCUUGCACCGAUCACAAGUGACACGGAUACUGAACAGGUCAAGAAAGCUGUCAAGGAGGAUGCAGCAGAUGAAGACGCCGACGAUGAGAACGACCGCCCCCGAGGAGUAGCAGGGUCGGGUCCGGGCCCCCAAACUGUCACGGCGAGCUUUGUCCGGCAGCCCACGGCGGCCAGCCAGACCGAUAGGGAGGAUGCACAGGUUUUUGAAGUGGUGAGAAGGGAUCUCUUGCUUGGUCCUUGA